AUGGCUGAGAGUAUUAAGGUCCGUAUGCUAUUGGCUUCCUACCCACUAUAUGAUAAGAAAGUUUUAGAGGAAUUAUUACAAAGUUGUGGCGGGUCAGUGGAAAAGACUAGGCUCUUGUUAGGAGCCAAUAGUGCCACCGAAAAACGGAAACACCAAGAGAUUGAAUCGAAUGAUAAAGACGUUAAAAGAGAAACACCUUAUACUGCCUCCACAGAUAAUAUUAAUGAUACUAUUAGUGCCAAUGUCAAUGGUUUCACUAGCCCAGCGAAGGCGAACAGCAAAUAUCAGUCCUCCAUAACUCCAAUGUUGAAGAAAACAAGAACAAUAUUAUCAACAAAUUCGCUACUGAUCCCGGAAACAAAUAAUCCCAAGACUAUAAGAAUAUAUACCCCGCAACAAGUUCAAGAGUAUCUCGGAACUUAUGUUGAAAUGUAUAAGAGCUUUCUUCCUGAUGAUUUAGCAUCACGAGUACUCGAUCAUUUGAUGCUACCUGAAGUCAAGAAGGGUGCCAAGCCCGCAGAGUUUCAUUUAUUUGAUAAUGAUUGUGUAUCUCUGCAUAGCACAUUAGUUGCCCAUUCCAAAAGAUCACCUGAUGAACUGUUUCUUGAUAGAUUGGUUUACAAUGGUAAGAAGAGAGUAAGUACGAUGUACAACGAUGAUAUGGAGGAAGCUUCUUCAUUAAUAUCUAAGUUUCUUAACCAGGAAGUCAUACCUAAAAACAAACGGUUACCGUUCCAAUCUCUAAAGCCUUGGGAUAGUCACUAUACGGUUAUCAAUUACUACAAAGACAUGCAAAACAGUUUCGAAUGA